AUGAGAAUUUAGUUUUUGUGAUAAGCUUUUUGAUUUCCAUGUACUUAUAUAUAAGCCUCUAACUACCAACUGCUCAUCACAAUCAUUUUGAAAAAUGGCUCCUUCAAUGACAACAAUCACUCUAAUCACCAUAUACACAUUCUCCUUACUUGUAUCAAUUACUUCUUGUGCAGCAUCAACUGUAGAAGAAACUUCAAGACCCUUCAAGAAAAUAUAUGCAUUUGGAGACUCAUUCACAGACACAGGCAACACAAAGAAUGCAGAAGGUCCAAGUGGUUUUGGCCAUGUAUCAAACUCACCAUAUGGCACAACAUUCUUCAACCAUUCAACAAACAGAUACUCUGAUGGAAGACUUGUAAUUGACUUUGUGACUGAAUCAUUGAAUUUGCCUUACCUUCCUCCUUAUCUUCACCUCAAAAAAGGAAAUGAUACUUUUGGUGUUAACUUUGCUGUUGCUGGUUCAACAGCAAUAAACCAUGCUUUCUUUGUUAUGAAUAAUCUUUCACUUGAUAUUACUCCUCAGUCUAUUCAAACUCAGAUGUUGUGGUUUAAUAGGUACCUUCAGAAGCAAGGAUGUGUUGAGUCUAAGUGUAAUGAUUUUGAUGAGACCCUUUUUUGGUUUGGUGAAAUUGGUGUCAAUGAUUAUGCUUACAGGCUUGGAUCUACAAUCUCAAAUGAUACCAUAAGGAAGUUAGCAAUUUCCAGUGUCUCAGGAGCUUUACAGACAUUGCUUCAAAAGGGUGCUAAGUACAUUGUCGUGGAAGGUUUCCCACCAACAGGAUGCCUUACACUAGCAAUGUACUUAGCAUCAGAAGACGAUAGAGACGAAAUUGGAUGCGUGAAAAGUGCCAACGACGAAAGCAAUGCUCACAACCUUCUACUUCAAUCCAAAAUACAAGAAUUCAGAAAACAGUAUCCACAUGCAGUCAUAGUUUAUGCUGAUUACUGGGAAGCAUACAGAACUGUCAUGAAAAAUCCAGCCAAGUAUGGAUUCAAAGAUCUGUUCACAGUAUGCUGUGGAUCAGGAGAACCACCUUACAACUUCAGUGUUUUUGCUACUUGUGGUACACCUAAUGCCACUGUUUGCACAAGUCCUUCUCACUACAUUAAUUGGGAUGGUGUUCAUCUUACAGAAGCUAUGUAUAAAGUUGUUUCUAAUAUGUUUCUUCAAGGAAACUUUACCCAACCUCCAUUUAAUUUUUUGUUGGAAACUAAAGAGAGGCAUGGAUGAAUUCCUGGUUAGUGGUUACCCCUAAAAAUAGUACUAUUUGAUGUUAUUAACUAUCCUUAUUGCUUAAAAGUGUUAACUUUGCUAUUGUAACUUUGAGCCAAAGAAUCAGACUCCAUCUUCUUCUUUUUUUACCAGCACUUGUGUCCACUGUUCUGCAUAAAGUCAAUUAGAACUUCUAGUGGUUCUAGAUAUAUACUCUACUCAUUGAGACAUUAUAACCGUCACAUUUAAAAUAUUUAUCUUUCUCAA